AAAUACUGUAAAACUGCUAAUUGUUUUUAUCUAAAUAUGUAAUCCUAGGUUCAUUUGAGGGCGGGGCGAGGAGUGAGUGACCAACAUUCAAAAGGGAUAAAUUGAAGGACAAAUAAGGAAAGCUUAUUCAUAUCAAUAAACAAAUGGCGAAUGGAUCCGAUCUCAGUUGAAGAAACCUUGAAAUAUAUAUUUUUCCUAACAUAAAUUUAUUUUUAUACAUCUUUUUAGCUAUUAUUAUUCAAUUUUCAUUGUGAUUGCAAAACGUUUUUUAUUGCUGUCUUUGAAAAAUUACUGUGAAAAGUAUGAUUCGAUUAUAUGUAGCAUCAGCUUGCCAUACAAUGUAGUGAUACGUGAUAGUCUUGUUUCAAACAAGGCACAACACUGCCGCUUGCUGUUUAAAUGAGACAUUACAUCUAUGGCAACGGAACACCCGAAGCUUGACUUUCUCUAAGAUACACGAUAUACAUAUGAAGAGGAAUGUAGGGGUUAGUGUAGACUGGUUCACAUAGACCCACGGUGUUUUAGAACACGGAAAGUUAUCGGUAAAAAUGACGACAGAGGCGGAAGUGAUGUCACGAGCCAGCCCCCAAAACAACGACCGUGUUCAGUUCUGAUGUUAUGAAACUCCUCAAUGAAAUGUUAAGUAACUGCCUGCUUUUUCAGCGUUACACAAGGCCAUGUGGAGAGAUUAGCUUCAGCGGCUCCAUCAGUUCACCAAAUAAACCUCCAGAAGGUAGCUUGAACUGAGUAAAGGCAUCAGACAGCAUGGCCAAGCGGAGAACGUGUGUAAAGACGGAGGCCGAUACAAAGAAGCCGAAGCAGGUUCUGAGUGCAGAGAGCAGAGGAGCAAAGACAAGACGCAAGAAGAAAGAUCCAGAAAAUGAUCCUGCAGAAGAGGAGGAGAAGCUUGAGAGAAAGGUCAACCCCAAACCACGUUUGUCCUCAAAGCGUGCAGCACAGAAUAAAUCCUCUUCCACCACCAACACCAGCACUGAUGGCAAAACCAGUAAGUACUUCCAGUCUCCGCUCAAGGAGGCGGUUAACAGUGAAGACGAUUUUGACAUGGCGACUGCGGCACCACCUACAGUUAAGGAGAGCGCCAAGAAACCAGAGGAAGAAGAAAAAAAAAUGGAGGACGACGACGAUGAUAGUGAGGAUGAGGAUGAAUGGGAGGAAGUGGAAGAACUGGCUGGACCGCUGGGUCCAGUUGAACCACCAGAGCCCGUCCUGCCCUCUCAGCCCGUAGAGAUUGAGAUUGAGACAGCAGAAGUGAAAAAGCAGAAGAAGAGACAGGCCGAGUUCGAGACAUACCUCAGACGAAUGAUGAAGAGGUACAAGAAGGACCUGCUGAUAGACACACACAAGGUCCACCUCCUGUGCCUCUUAGCAAACGGGAUGUUCCGCAACAAGCUGUGCAGUGAACCGGACCUGCUGGCUGUCGCUAUGUCUCUGCUGCCCCCACAUUUCUGCAAGGUGGCCAAAGAACGCAUUGACCAAAAUUACCUCUCUGGACUCCUCAAAUGGUUUAGAGCGACAAUCACCUUCAACCCCAGUCUUCCCACUGAGGAGCGCCCAGAUCCUCGGGCUCUCCUGGAGAGGCGACUGGGAAGCCUCUCAGCCAGAGACCACCAGGAGAUGACUCAUCUUUUCCUAUUGUUCCUGAGGUCUCUGCAGCUCUUCUGCCGAUUGGUUCUCUCUUUGCACCCAGUUCCUUUCAAGCCUCCAUCUGCAAAGUCUAAAGGGCCUAAAGCAUCAACUGGUGCGACAGAGCGAUACCAGACAAAUCAGGAAAGCUCCAAGACCAACUCUCCUGAGACAAAAGUUUCACCAGGCGCCAAAAGACCAGCUGGAAGUGGGAAAAUCAAAGGGGGCAGCGGAGGCAAGAAAGCAAAGAGGAAAGAAAUGAAGGAGGGGGAAGAGGGAAAGCCUGUGUCAUCUGGAGGACAAAGGCCAAAAAAUACCAAACGCCGCAGCAUUGCCUCAAAGGUAAACUACAAAGAGGAGAGCAACAGUGAGGGGAGUGAGGAAGAGGAGAUUAGUGAUGCUGAGGAAAUUCAGGAAACCAGUGAUGAUGACAGCGAGGACUCUGAAACCACAACCAAAUCUGCAAAAAAGAAGAUGAGGAAUAGGAAGAGCACUGCAAAGACAACCAAAACCCAAAAUACUGCAGCUCCAAAGAGGAAGAGCAGCGGUGGGAAACAGCAGGUGAAAGAUGAGGACAGUGAAUGGGAGGAAGGUAAAGAGGAGGAUGAAGACGUGACGAACAACAGAACAAAGAGACGGAGCGGGCGGAAGAAAGAAGGGCCAGGAGCAGAUGAGUGGUUAGAGGUUUACCUGGACAAAACAUCUUCAUGGGUUUGUGUGGAUGUGGAGCAAGGAGUCGGAGUGCCUCACCUCUGCUCGCAGAGCGCCACGUCACCACUGACCUACGUGGUGGCGGUGGACGGAGACGGCUUUUUAAAGGACCUGGGAAAGAAGUACGACCCUACCUGGAUGACCUGGUCACAGAAGAGUCGGGUGGACGAUGAGUGGUGGGAGGAAACACUGGAGUCUUUCAUGGGGCCAGAGGAUGACAGGAACAAAAAGGAGGAGAAGGAGCUCCAGAACAAGCUGCUGAACAAACCCAUGCCGACCUCCAUAGCAGAGUAUAAAAACCACCCACUCUAUGCCCUGAAGAGACACCUGCUGAAGUAUGAAGCCCUCUAUCCUCCUACAGCCACUGUCCUCGGAUACUGCAGAGGAGAACCUGUGUACUCCAGAGAUUGCGUGCACACCCUCCACUCCAGAGAUUUAUGGCUGAAGCAAGCGAGAACUGUUCGACUCGGAGAGGAGCCUUACAAGAUGGUGAAGAGCUUCUCCAACCGUUCCAGAAAGGCCAGGAUGAUGUCUAAGAUGAGGGAGGAGAAGGACCUUCCUUUGUUUGGAGAAUGGCAGACUGAAGAAUACCAGCCACCAGUUGCGGUGGAUGGGAAGGUCCCUCGUAACGACUACGGUAACGUAUAUCUUUUUAAAGCCUGUAUGAUCCCAGUGGGCUGCGUUCACCUCAGGCUGCCCAACCUGCACCGUGUGGCCAAGAAGCUGAGCCUGGAUGUUGCCUCUGCAGUCACAGGCUUCGACUACCACGGAGGUUACUCGCACGCUGUGACUGAUGGUUAUAUUGUGUGUGAAGAGGAUGAGGAGGUUCUCCGAGCUGCUUGGGUGGAGGAGCAGGAGAUUCAGAAACAGAAGGAAAAAGAGAAAAAAGAAAAGAGAGCGAUCGCCAGUUGGACUCUGCUGGUGAAGGGACUCCUGAUCAGAGAGAGGCUCAAGCAGCGUUACAACCAGAAGAACCAGGGCCUGGGGACCCUUGUUCAUGGAGAGGAAGCUGGAGGUUUCUCCUCUGAUGAGGAGGGGGGUGAAGUUGAUCCUUGUGGUGCUAAGACAGCAUCUGAGACUUUGGCAUUGUCUUGGCCCCAAAACAGAAAAGAAGAGGAGGACAGGAGUCCAGGCAAACAGAAGAAGACGACAACAAAGCGAGAGAAGAAGGGUCAAGAGAAACAUUUAUUUCCUUUUGAGAAAGUGUAAUGCUAUAAACCAAGCAUCAAACAUACCAGGGUAUGAUGUUUCUUAUGAGCAGAUGCUACAGAUUUAAAACCAUUUUAGCAAGACUGAAUGGAAAGAGGAGGCUAGGAAAGGAGAGGAAUCUUUCUUCCAGCUGUGAUCCUUCUUGUAUUUACCUUUUCAUUUUCAGGGAUAUUAUGUUUACAACCAGUAGAAAUGCCCACGUUUAAAAAAUUUCUGUAGAGAAAACAAACACAGUAUGACUGUUACAAAAGUGUCCUUCAGUUUAAUGUGUGCCAAGCAUUAGAGUGCUGCUGGUUUGAGGUGGUUGGGCGAAGCUGUUGCACACAAAACCAUUGGUGCGCAGUAAUUACAGCUCCCUCCACAUUUACUAACUCCCCGGGUGAAGAUGUGUGCACGAGCCUAGAAAUAAAUUAAUGUUUUAUUGCAGUAGCAAAAUCUCACACUGAAAUAUCUCGAGUCUUUUACCUCCCAGACCAUUUUUCUCACUGUGCGUAUUAACAAUAUAAACUUGGAUACUCUGCCAACCUUGUUUGUGACAGUUCCAGUUUUUUUAAACUUUUAUCACUGCUCUGUAGAUUUUGACAAGUUUCAAUAAGUAGCUAUUUUCACAUUGCUGUUUCCUGAUUUAUGUUGAUCAACACACAUCUACCUUACCUGAAUGUCCUCUUGUCUUUCCCAUUUUGAAAGGUGGGAAAAAGAAAUGGCACUUUGUGUCACAUCAGAUUAAUUCCCCAGGGAAACAGGAGGGUAUUAACAGCUUAAGAUUCAGCUAUAUUUAUUCUAAAUAAAUUGUUAGGGCUGCAAAUAUGGAUGUUGAAUCCCCCCCCCCCCCCACUGAAUCAACUUAAAAGUUGUACUUCUUUUUUGUCCACUUUAUCUGAGCUUUAGUUGUGUGAAUGGGUUUUGGUUUGUUAGGUGCAUUUAUUUGACAGGAAAGCACUUGAUGAUCAAAGUACAGGUUCAUUCCCCCUUUGAAACUGUUUUCCUGAUUAGGUGCUAAAUUCCUUAAAGUUAACUGUUUUCAUAUUGAUGCACCACUUUCCACAUCUGUCUUUAUAUCUUUUAUCACUACGUCACAACUUUGAUCACUGCUCUAUGUGUCUGUACACAGGUGAUGGUUGCUGUAAUAGAAAUAGUAAUCUGUUUUUCUAUGAAAAUUAUUUUUAUAAGAAAUGUUUCAUGAGUAAAAAGCAAAAUGACCAAAUUAAAUGAUGAAGUUUU